GCAAAUGUUGUGUUGUGAACGCCAUCUUGAAGCUGUACCAGGGAGAUAAGUAGGGGGUGAUCGAAAGAAAAUCGCAGUAAUUCCGUGCCAUCGAAGGCACUGCUUGGGAUAUUUCAUGUGCACAUGAAAGACGAUGGCUACGACGGAGAAUAAGUUGUCAACGACCGAAAGGGUCAUCAAAAGUGUGCCAUUUCCACCCAGCCAUAGGGUUACAAUGAGUGAGGCUUUUGAUGCAAAGGGCAAGCCACGACCAGAUGUUUUGAAACAGCAUUUUAUUUUGGAGGGUCGAGUCACCGAAGAUGUUGCUCUUCGCAUCAUUAAUGAAGGUGCAGCUCUUCUACGGCAAGAGAAGACAAUGAUUGACAUCGAGGCACCAGUAACAGUGUGUGGGGAUAUUCAUGGUCAGUUCUUUGACCUAAUGAAGCUUUUUGAAGUUGGAGGACCCCCAUCAGCAACACGUUACCUUUUCUUGGGUGACUAUGUAGACAGAGGAUACUUUAGCAUAGAGUGUGUUUUAUACCUAUGGGCAUUGAAAAUACUUUAUCCAACCACAUUCUUCCUUUUACGUGGCAACCAUGAAUGUAGGCAUCUAACAGAGUACUUCACAUUCAAGCAAGAAUGUAAAAUCAAGUAUACAGAAAGAGUUUAUGAUGCCUGUAUGGAGGCAUUUGACUGUCUGCCACUUGCAGCGUUAAUGAAUCAGCAGUUUCUCUGUGUGCAUGGAGGGCUUUCACCUGAAAUUCACACACUGGACGACAUAAGAAAAUUGGAUAGAUUCAAAGAGCCUCCAGCAUUUGGUCCAAUGUGUGACAUAUUAUGGUCAGAUCCAUUGGAAGACUUCGGCAAUGAAAAAUCCUCUGAACACUUCUCGCACAACACAGUUCGAGGUUGCUCAUACUUUUACAGCUAUGCAGCUUGUUGUGAUUUCUUGCAACAGAACAACCUGUUAUCCAUUAUAAGAGCACAUGAAGCACAGGAUGCUGGGUAUAGAAUGUACAGGAAAAGUCAAACAACAGGAUUUCCAUCCUUGAUAACAAUAUUUUCAGCACCAAACUAUUUGGAUGUGUAUAACAACAAAGCUGCAAUCCUCAAAUAUGAAAACAAUGUGAUGAACAUCCGACAGUUCAACUGUUCGCCACAUCCCUACUGGCUGCCUAAUUUCAUGGAUGUUUUCACAUGGUCCUUGCCAUUUGUUGGAGAGAAAGUGACAGAAAUGCUGGUUAACAUUUUGAACAUCUGCUCAGACGAUGAGCUGGUAUCAGAAGGUGACGCAGACUCUUUUGAAGGUGAUGCCGCUGUCAAGAGACUCGGUCGCACAAAUAAUGAGAUUAUUGCUGCAAGGAAAGAGGUGAUCAGAAAUAAAAUCAGAGCUAUUGGAAAGAUGGCCAGAGUCUUCACAGUUUUGCGUGAAGAGAGCGAGAGUGUGCUGCAGCUGAAGGGCCUCACCCCUAAUGGCCUCCUUCCCCUGGGAGCUCUUUCUGGUGGCAAAGAUACCUUGACCAGUGCACUCAGCGGCUUUUCCCCUUCACACAAAAUCAGUGGAUUUGAGGAAGCCAAAUGUCUGGACAAGAUGAACGAGCGCAUGCCACCCCGCAAAGACUCUGUGAACAAUACCAACAACAAAGAGCAUCAAAAGUCCUAACUGCUGCCAGCAGUGUGCUAGAUGUAUUCAUAACAUCCAGGCUUUCUUACUGGCUCUGGUGUUGUGGUCUUGGUCCCGUUAGACCAUCAUACGCCUACUUACCUUCCCUUGAUCUUUAUCCCCAAACAUGUCACCACUUGAUCUGCUGCAUUCCCCUCCUCCCCUCCACCCCCCACUUGAGAGAGUUUCCCCCUUUUUUUUUCCAGAUUCUUUUUGCUGCCUCUGCAUUCAUAAGUAAUGACUGGAACAAGUUACUGACAUUUUUAUCAUGCACGUUCUUGCUUUCUCUGUCACACAUGCAUGCAGAGCUCCAUACACACAUGCACAUGGACACAGAGCUUGGAUCUGACCAGAUUCUCUGUAAACACAGGAAGCUGGCUUCCUGCCCCCCUCCCCCACUCCCAAUAAUGUUCAUCUGCCAGGUGCACUUUUUUGGUUAUUUUUUCCUUUGACAUCCUGCUUACAAUAUAUUGUUAACCUCUAAGAUGGCAGUUUUACUUUCAUGAAUAUGUUCAUUGAUAAUUUUGUCCCCCUUUCAUGUGAUCUCAUCCUUUAACUACUGUAUGGUUUGUACAUUGAGUGCUUGUGAACUUGCAAAGUAACACUCAACAGUAAUGCAGUUAUUUUUUUAAAUUGUUUAAAAGAAAGGGUAUAAAAGAAUGAAUUUAAGUGUUCUCAAUGGUGUUUUUCUGUCUCUUCAUGUUACACAUUGUCAGAUGUUGUUAGAUCAGCAAAAUAACAACACAUCCUAACACUAUCCCACUUUUCUAGUCAGCAGUGUCACAGUAAGCAUAAAGAUUCAUGUUAUUUCCCAAAUAGACUGUUGAUACUUGAAGAUAAUUCAGCAGGAUGAUGAUGUGCAGCAAAACCCAAGUGACAUCACUUGGAUCAUUUUGCACUUGUAUCUCAAACGUGUGAUGCACAGCAUUAGCUGUUGAGUUGGGCAGACUGUUACGAGAGAUUUUAUUUCCACUGUUACUCCCAGUAAAUGCAUGUAUUGCCUAUUGAAGUGUUGAUCAUGACCUUACAAGGAGGAGCACAGUAAAGAGUAGUUGUGGAAAGCAAACUGUUUGGUAUAUUUCAUGGGUAUAUAGGAGUGGUCUCAUUGGCAAGACAGUGUGCGCUAUUUCUUGGCAUUUCUCAACAUUUAAUGUAACAAGAUUUGUGGAUUUUGCCCAGUUUGUCUUUGCAAAUGGGUGUCUCCCAUCCUCUAAGAAUGCUGCUCAUAAUAAAAAAAGAUUUGCAGGGCAUUCAUCACUAAAAGUAGAGAGGUUGCUUGCCUUAUGCAGAAAAGCUGCCAUAAAACAAUUGCCUGCUGUUAAUUAAAUUACAAUGAGAGGAGUUUUAAACCUUGAAACCAGGCUUCAUUAUAUUGGUUAUUGAAGCAGAAGUUGAUGGAGAGUACAUGGCAACAGAAAUGCUGGCUGGAGUCUGAGAGUAUAGACUUGAAUCCUCUGCAUCUCCUCAUUUUCAAAUAAAAAUAAAGAGGAGGAAAAACAUAAAUCAGAAGCUUUAGAAAUGGUUGCUUUGAAAGUGGACCGGCUGUGUUGGCCUUCACCAUAUGCGAAGAUAUCUCUCCAGUUACGCCCACUCCCCCACUUCUUCUCUCCCUUUCAUGUACAGCUGGCUGACCUUUUCAAAAUAAAGUUUUGUUGAAUUUUGUUUGUUUUGUGUUUUCUUUGCAAUGUCUGCUUCUUGUUUCAUUUUUCACAGUAAAACAUGCAGAUAUUUGCAAAAAAAAAAAAAAAAAAAAAAAAAAAAGCUUUUCUUGAUAAAUGGAGAAAGAAACUUUCAGUGUAUUUUCUUAGGCUUGAUUGUAUUAUUGGCAUUCUACACAUCAGUGGUUGAUGUAAAAAUUUUUUUAAAUUACACUUGUGCACACCUUUGAUGGUACUAGCACUUAACAUAAAACUAGGAAUACUUAUUUUAUACUGGUGUAUGAUGUUGAAACCCCUUCCUUUCGUGUGGAAAACACUCAUCCCCCAUGGUAGGUGAUAAGGGGUAUGAGAAGUGUCAAUCUGAAGAGCUCAAGAAGCAGCUUAGUUUAUUUGAAUGUGUACCCAAGGUAUUUGUGUGGUUCCCACUCCCAAUGACAUUCCUCUGCUCAUGUGACUUUGCCAAUGAUCUGCACUACUCAGUCUGCAGUUUGGUUUUAGUACCUCAUUCAAUGCCUUCUGGUGUUUACAACACACACGUUUUCUUCUUUUGUACUUGUCAGAUUGAGCUUUGGGCAGUUGUUCUUGUUGACUUAAUUUUUCCUGCUUUAAAGAGAUGGAGAAGAUUGUAGGCAUAUUUGUGUGUGUAUAUUGGGAGUGAAUGCGUGAUGCAUGCACGCGUAAGUGUGCAUACCCACUUAAUCCUUUGCUCACCACAUUUUCCAUUUUGUGUGCAUUCAUGUAUGUUUGUAGGUGUGUUGAUGAGAGAGAAGCUCAUUCACUGUGAAUACUAGUUCCUGAUUAUGGCUAUGAUGUCUUUGAUAUUCACCCCUUCAACACCCACUAUAUAAUUUAGCAUUUGUGUUGUGUAUCUAUAUGUCAGGAUGGAGGUAUGAAAGCAUAUCUGCUGUAAGGUAGCAAAGGAUAAGAUGCAUUGUAGCUGUGUUACUUCACAGCUCUGAGCAGUCUGUAGCCCUAUUGAUGAACAAGUAAAUGUUUAGUUCACUAGUGAUAUCCUUCAGUUUCUUUUCUUUUCGCUGUUUUAUCUCAGUUCCUUUAAAUGUCUCCUGUACCUAGUAGCUAACAUACAUCUAUCCUCUCAGUGAUAGUAUUUUCAGGUGGUAGUUUUUACUGAAAUGCAUUGUUAUGACAGACAUUCAGCAUGUAUUGCUUAAGGUACCAUUAAUUGAAAUAUUCAUUUUUGAUUAAUAUUUUGUAAGUCUACAUUUGCUUGUUGGAAUUUUGUGUGCAAUAUUUAUACGUGUAUGAAUUAUGAAUGAAAAUUUAGAUUCAGGUCCUUUUUUUUUUUAAUUUUUGGUACUAAACAUUUGUGAAAAGAGGUCCUUCAUGUCUGAUUGUUUUUAAAACAUAUGUCCAAGAACAGUUUAAUUGGUUUUCGCAACCUUACAAAGAACAAAUACUUUUGAGAAAAUGCUUAAAAUCUCUUCACAGCAAUUGCUUUUACCUGUCAAUAUACCUUAGAGCUUUAUGGUGCAAACAUUUUACAAAAGUUGAAUAUUAAUAUUAUUUGAAAAGUUUACAGAAUAUAAAUACGCCAAUGUAUGCACAUACUAUGUGCUGUAAUUGAUGCUCUGUAGAAAAUAGCACUGCAUUAGUCAGAAUGUACAUUUUUCUGUUUUCUUAUCAGACGAAAUGUUUUUUUUUUAAUACAUGAUCAUGAACAAAAUGAAAUUUGUUGUUAUAGCUCUAGAAGAUUACCAGCAUGGAGUCAAGAAUGCAUUAAAUCGGCAUGAGAAGGUUAAAUGAAGCUGACAAGUCCUUUUUGGCUGUUUAAUUCAUUUUCAGAUGGUGUAGCUCACAAAGCGUGCACCAAUACACUAUAAAAUUGCACUGCAUACCAAGAUUCGUGCUGACACCUGGUCGGUUUAGCACCAGAGUUUUCUUAGUUUAUAAACUUGGUCCAUGGUCAUUAGCAGUUUGCCAUUCUGACAACUUCAGGCUUUGUCAGUAGUCUACCAACAUCUGUCAAGCUUAUAGACACAUCUGAAGCACUUCCCCAACAUUAUCAGCAUGAGGUUCACAGGCCUUAAUUGUGGAAUAUAUAAUUAUGUUAGGCACAUUUUUGCAUUUUUUGUAAAAUGUGCCAUAGUUACAUAUUUACAUAUUCAGCUUAAGAAGGCCUCAGUCCAUUCUGCUGUCGGGUUCUUUUGCUCUAGUCUCAUUGAACAUUAGUGUCCUCACUGCCUUGAGUAAGAGGCUCUUGCAGUCUGGUUGAAAUAGUGUCACCAGACAUGACAGAUAGGAAUGUUUCUAGAUUUCCUGAUCAGUCAAGUAAUUGUUUCUGUAACAACUGUGAUGACUUAGAGAUCCCAUCACCCACCCACGUCCCCUCAUAAAAAGGACAUGGCUUUAAAGGAAAUAGUGCUGUGUUACUGUACAGUGUUGCCUUAAAGGCAUCGAAAGGUUGGGUGUUGAAAAACUCCUUUGUUUUGCUAAAUACUUUCAGUUCUGUCUUGAUGCAGGAUAAAAUAGUCAUGGUAUAUACAUGUACCAAUAAUUUUUACAUGGCUUUUUUUCUAAUACAGGUUAUAUUUCCUUCAUUUAGUUUUGUAUCUUUCUGUCCUCCAUGACUAAUUUUUUAUGUUGGAAGAGCCUGAGUAGUGACUUCUUUUGAAAAGAAAAGCUUUCUAAAAAUUUGUGUAGCUGUGGAAUUGUGCAAGUGUAUUACUGGUAGAUAAGAACCUGUUUCCAGUCAUCUGUUGAAAGGGAGUUCUUAUUCUCUCUUCUACAUAUUAUUGUAGGUUAUUUCCUAUCUGGUUGUUUGUCAACGAACUUCUGCACUCUGAAAACUCUUUGCUUCUAAAAUCAUCGCCAUGGCGCUUAUAUUCCUGUGAAACUCUAUUACCUGCCCACAAGACAUGAAACCCACAGACUUCCAGCAAGUUCAUGUUACCCUGCUUGACAUCAUAUUACUGAAGUAUUCAUUCAGUUCUGUUUUGAAACCAGAAGGGCUGCACAUUAUCAGUAAAACAUUCCCCUAAUUUACUGCUUCUGGCUGUGAUUGUUUUCAUUUUCCUACCCACCUGACGAACCUUGAUGUGUUCUGCCAGCAUCUUCCUUUAGCUCCAUUACUUGUGGUUGUGGUCAGCCAACACAUAGCCUACCUGCGUAUCAUUUUCUUUAUCUCAUCCGAGCUCUUGAUAAUUCAUUUUCUUCAAAGGGGAGGGGGACUGGGAUUUAAAUGUUUUGAUUUCUUUCAUUUGAAUGGAAGCAUAACAUAAUCAUCUAGAGAGUUUUCUCCCCGACUUCUAUUUUAAUACCUUCCCAGUCCAUACACUUCACGUUGGCAUUCGAUGGACUUGUGUGUGAUGGGUGUUGCCAAGUUAAUGUAGUGUAGCACCCCUUUCCUAGACUAGUGCAGCAAUCCUCCGAUUGGGAGUCUCGCGGCCUGGUCUGUGUUUUGUCAUUUGUUCUUGCACAGGGAAUAAUGUCAAACUCAGUACUUGCUUUUUUGUACAAAACUUUGUAGUUGGUGCACCAUUAUGUAACAUUGGCCUUGUAUAGACUUUUUUAAAUUAUAUUAUUAACUUCUAUGUUUACAACAAAUUACCUUUUCCAUGAAAUUGUCAAUUUGUCAUACGUUGUAAAUCAUGCAUGUAUCCAAAGUGUAAAAUUUUCUGUGUUGAAUUUAAAUUAAAUCACUUGUUUCUUU